AUGGCGGCGGAGCUGCAUCCGCGGAGCGGAAAGCUGAUCGGCCUGUCCAACUCGAACCGAACCGCCCGGCGCAACCAGCCAGUCCAGGAGUUCAACCACGGCCUGGUGCUCAGUAAAGAGCCGCUGAGGGACAGGGAUGUCUUCACCGUUCGCAUCGACAAGAAGGUGAACUCGUGGAGCGGUUCCAUAGAGAUUGGCGUGACGGCAUUGGACCCCGCGGCACUGGACUUCCCCAGCAGUGCCACGGGCCUCAAGGGCGGCUCUUGGAUCGUGUCGGGCUGCUCGGUGCUACGGGACGGCCGCUCCGUCCUGGAGGAGUACGGCCGGGACCUUGACCAGCUAGCCGAGGGCGACCGGGUGGGCAUCCAGCGCAGCUCCCGCGGCGAGCUCCACCUCUGGGUGAAUGGACAGGACUGCGGCGCGGCGGCGAGCGGGUUGCCGCCGAAGCUGUGGGCGGUGGUGGACCUGUACGGCAAGUGCACUCAAGUGACAGUGGUGGGCUGUGAGCCGCCGCCGCCCUCUGCGGAGAAAGAGACAAUAGAAAGGGACGAGGAGGUGGAGGAUGAGGAGGAGGAGGAGGAGGAGGAGGAAGAGGAGGUGGUGGUGUGCGGCGUGCGGGAGGAUACAGGGAUCACGGCACUGAUGAAUGUGGCAGCAAUGAAUGGAAUGAUGAACGGAGAUGAAGUGCCUGAGCUUAGCUGCAGUCACAGCAGACCGGACAAGUUCCCCAACAACCUGGAACCAGACACGGUUCUAACAGAGCACCAGCUCUUUGACGUGUUCAACAAUGCAAUAGUUUCUUUUUAUCGCUCUGAAGAUGAGGGUGGAGGGGAGGAUGGAGGAGGAGGAGGAGGCGGCGCCGGCGGCAGCGGAGGAGGAAAUGCGGGCACCGAGUCUUCUUCUAGGAAUGACAGGGGGAGCAAUAGCAGCGGAGGAGGCGCGGUCAACAGCGACAGCGGGACAGGGACAACAACAGGAGGAGGAGGAGGAGGAGGAGGAGGAGGAGGUAGUAGUGGCGGAGAAGGUGAAAAUACAAACAACAGUCCUGCUGGUAACGGCGGCGUCGGGCAGGGGGUGGUGACAGGCGGGAUGACGACAAACGACGCGUUGCUCUUUCACGAAAAGUGUGGCACGCUAAUCAAACUGAGCAACAACAACAAGACGGCCGAGCGGAGGAGACCGCUGGACGAGUUCAAUAACGGCGUGGUGAUGACCAACCGGCCACUGCGACACAACGAGAUGUUCGAGAUACGUAUUGAUAAGCUAGUGGACAAGUGGUCAGGAUCCAUAGAGAUCGGAGUGACCACACACAAUCCAAACAACCUGGACUAUCCUGCAACUAUGACCAAUCUGCGCUCAGGUACAAUCAUGAUGAGUGGCUGUGGGAUACUGACGAACGGGAAAGGAACCCGCAGAGAAUACUGUGAAUUCAGCCUCGAUGAACUUCAGGAGGGCGAUCACAUUGGGUUAAUGCGCAAAGCCAGCGGGGCGCUCCAUUUCUACAUCAAUGGAAUCGACCAAGGUGUUGCUGCAGCCCAGACCCCUGCCGUGGUCUACGGCGUGGUCGACCUCUACGGCAUGGCCGUCAAAGUCACCAUAGUCCAUAACCACAACCACAGUGACCGCCUCAGACGCAACAACGCCAUCAUGAGGGCUCUAUCCCCCGACGUAGGCCGACCCAGGCCAUCCCUCUCCCUCACACCAGACCCGGAGGGGCCCGACCGGUUACUCUUCCACCACAACUGUGGUCAGAAGGCCGCCAUAAUCAGUGAUGGCAGGACGGCCCUGCGGCCACACGCCACUGAUGACUUCAACCAUGGCGUCGUCCUGAGCAGCCGACCGCUGCGCUCCAACGAGGUGUUCCAGGUUCGCAUUGACAAGAUGGUGGACAAGUGGGCGGGUUCCAUCGAAAUCGGCGUCACAACGCACAACCCUGCAUACCUGCAGCUGCCCUCCACCAUGACCAACCUGCGCUCUGGGACUUGGAUGAUGACGGGAAAUGGUGUCAUGCACAAUGGAACUACAAUACUGGACGAGUACGGACACAACCUGGACCGGCUUAAAGCCGGUGACACUGUAGGCGUAGUUCGGAAAGAAGAUGGCAGCCUCCACUUCUUCGUGAACGGUGUGGCUCAGGGCCCCGCUGCCUGGAAUGUUCCUCCCAGCGUGUACGCCGUGGUCGAUCUUUACGGCCAGGCUGCUCAGGCCACCAUCAUGGAUGACAUGGUCGACCUCCCUCCUCUCCCUGAGGACAGCUCAGACGGACCCACAGCCAUGUCCCCUGGGAGUCCCUGCUCAGUGGGCGGGGCCAGCACAACCAACGACCUGCGUUUCCACCAGCUACACGGCACCAACGCCGUCAUUACCAACGGGGGGCGCACCGCCCUGCGUCAGAACUGCCGCAGCGAGUUCAACGACGCGAUCGUCAUUUCCAGCAGGUUCCUACGAGACGGAGAGCUGUUUGAAAUCAUCAUCCAGAAGAUGGUGGACCGCUGGUCGGGUUCAAUAGAAGCAGGAGUGACAGCAAUCAGGCCAGAGGAGCUCGAGUUUCCCAACACUAUGACCGACAUCGACUACGACACGUGGAUGCUCAGUGGAACAGCCAUCAUGCAGGAUGGCAACACAAUGCGCAACAACUACGGCUGUGACCUGGACUCCUUAACCACCGCUUCACGGAUCGGCAUGAUGCGCUCGGCCACUGGCGACCUCCACUAUUACAUCAAUGGCAUAGACCAAGGCGUUGCCUGCACCGGUCUGCCACCAGAGGUGUUUGCUGUGAUAGACUUGUACGGUCAGUGUGUUCAGGUGUCUAUCACCAGCUCCUCAGGCCCGCUGGACAACAGUCUCUGUACCAGCAACGUCACUGAGAAGAGCUUCCCCAUCCAUUCUCCAGUAGCAGGUGUUGCCCAUCGCCUCCACAGUAAACACGGUAAGAACGUGAUCCUGCUCGGUGAGGGCUGCCAGGCGGUCAGAGUCGGAGGUUACGCUCACGGCAUCGUGUUCAGCGCGAGGGAACUCAAAGCAGACGAACUGUUCGAGUUGAGGAUCGAUGAGGUGGAUGAGCAGUGGUGUGGUUCGCUGCACAUCGGUCUGACCACGCUGUCCCCCCCAGAGCUGCCGUCCUGCCCACUGUCAGGUCUCUCCCCCUCCCUCCCGCAGCUUCGCACCAAGGUCACCUGGCUGCUCUGCGGCUCAGAAGUCCGUCGCAACGGUGUGCUGCAGCGGCAGAACUACUGCUGCUCACUGGACCGGCUGACGGUUGGGAACCGUGUGGGGGUAAAGAGAUGCAGUGACGACACAAUGCACAUCUUCAUUGAUGGAGAAGACAUGGGACCUGCAGCCACUGCAGUAUCCAAGAACGUGUUUGCAGUUUUGGACCUAUAUGGGCGGAUAACAGCAGUGUCCAUAGUGAGCUCAUCUUUAAUGGAGGACAUGGACAGCGUCAAGGCCCCCUCGCUCUCCUCAGACAGCUGCAGUGAAGGAGAGGAGGACAGCACCCCUGUCAGAGAGGUUGAGACUGAGCCGUGUGCGCUUGUACCAACUGUCAUGGCGUUCCUGGAAAACCAUGGCAAAAACAUCCAACUGUCCAACCAGAACCUGACAGCAGCCAGAGUGUCAAGCUACAACCAGGGCCUGCUGGUCACCGCCCAUCCCCUCGCUCGCCAGCAGCUUUUCCAGUUUCAGAUCGACCGUCUGAACUUGUCAUGGACGUCGUCGCUGUCGUUAGGAGUGAUCGGCCACUCGCCCGACCGGCUCAACUUCCCCUCCACAGCGUGUUGUCUGAAACGCUCCGCCUGGCUGCUGCAGAGAGACUCGGUCUUCCACAACUCUCUAAAGAUAUGUGAGAACUACGGUCCUAAUCUGGACACUUGUCCUGAAGGGACGUUGUUGGGUCUGCUGGUGGAUGCCAACAGCUGUCUUCACCUUUACGUCAAUGGCAUGGACCAGGGUGUGGCAGCGCAGGACAUCCCUUCACCCUGCUACCCCUUCAUAGAUCUCUACGGCCAGUGUGAACAGGUUACUAUAGUUACGAACAAUGUGCCAGCUGCGGGGGGAGAAAUUGGUGAACCACGAUGUCAGGGCGACAUGGAGAAGGCGGACAUGGUUGACGGAAUCAAAGAGAGUGUGUGCUGGACGCCCCCUCCAGAGGUCAACCCCAACAAGACCUGUGAGUACCAGGCUCUGUGCUCACGCUUCAAAGACCUGCUCACGCUACCAGAUGGGUAUUUUAACGAAGAUGCUAAGUACAACCUGUGCUACUGUGAGUCCUGCCACAAGCUCCGGGGUGACGAGGCUUAUUAUAAGAGAGGAGAGCCGCCCCGGGACUACGCCUUGCCCUUUGGCUGGUGCCGCUUCGCCCUCAGGAUCAAGCCCCACUGUGAGGUUGCCAAUGCACUGAAGAAAUGGCAUAUAGCUUACCACGGCACCAGUGUAGGAGCCCUGCGACGCACGCUCGACCACAGCCAGCUGCUGGCCGGAACGUCGUCCAUCUUCUCAGUGUCCCCAGCCAAAGCGGAGGGACCCAAUGGCUACAGUGAGCCUGAAGAGAACAGCGCCCCUGGCAGGGAGGUUCCUAGAGUGCGGCUCUCCCCCACCAUGCGCUACUCCGGCAUGGAGAUCUUUGCCCCUAAAGUGCAAUUUCAGGACCCCCGUUCUCACCGCUGCCACCAGGCCCAGGUAGGAUUCCAGGUGUGUGUGCGUCCCGGCUCCUACAAGGUGGGACCCCAGACGCUUGGCAACAGCGAGCCUCUGGAUCCCUUCAGCAACUCAGAGAUCGAGUGGAUCACGAAGGAGGAGGGCGGCACGCUCCUCUACGGACUGCUCAUCCGGGUCGAGUGAACAGGGCGGUGAGGGAGAGGCAUUCGGGUGGAAGUGAGGAGGAUCCGUGUAGGUACUCCUUGUACUUUUAAUAAAACUGACAACCAAAUCC